CCUCGUUUAUUCCACGCAUGCUGCUGGGAGGCUACGCACUCGGCAAACAACAACCCUUCCCAUCCUCCCUCACGCGCGUUCGAUGUGAUUGCGUUUGCACAACCCGGGCAAGCACGGACACCUGCGGUCCUUGUUCGGACAGCCUGUCAUCUGAUUUGUUUCGUAUUGGCCAUUUCUUUUCAAGCAGCGUUUGCAUCUGACCUGAGUUUGCUAGCAACUCGCGGUGUUUUUGCAGGGCAGACACAAAGCUGACGAAGAGCUCUGGAUGCGCUCUUGAACGCAUCGCCGAAACCCGCCCGCUGCUCCCGCUGCUGCCGCCGCUGCUGCUGUUCGGAACAGAGCUCCGGAUGAGCUUUUGAACGCAUCACCACUGCUCCGGUCCCGUAUCGGGUCCUUGCACGUGCUGUUGUUUUCCCCUUUGUUGUGACUUCAGCUGGACAUGUGGGCGGCAAAUCGAAAUCCAAACUCAGGUUGAUCUAGCCGAAGCCAGCAUGAACUAUGAGGCUCUGGACACCGGGAUGCGGGACUACUCUCCGCGCCUUCACGGGACAUUGGAUACGGUGAUGGAACCCUCCCUGAAUGCUCACAUCAACCCCAACCUCCUGCAGGGUGUGGAGAUGGACGCGGACGGUCUGGCCGUGACAGGCCCCGAAGCCGUGCACGUGACGGAGGGCAUGUUUUCGGAGCUGCACAGUGUCGUCUCCGAAGUUGGCGUCCCCGUGACAGCCACGCAUUUUGACGCGCAGGAAGAAAUGCUGUGGAUGGGAAACCACAGAGGUCACGCCACGUCAUUCUUUGGCUCGACGAUGGGCCGCUACUCUUCUUUUCAAGUUCACGCCACCGACGACAUUCGGCACAUCCAGAGUCUGGAAACGGGCGUGCUGUUCCUCUCAAAGUGUAACCUCAAGUGCUACACUCGCGGCGGCUUCGUCAUGUUUGAUUAUCCGAUGGAGGAAGGCGCCGAUAUGCAUAGCCUCCUGAUGACCGACAACAAUACUUUGCUGAUGGGCGGCCUGCAAAACUACGUGGCUGAGCUGGACUUGAAUACGGUUCAGGAAACGCAAAAGUUCACCGUGGAGGUCCCCGGAGUGGCAAUCGUGCGCCAAAGCAGUCGCUUCUUCUUCUGCGGCCACACCUCGGGCAAGGUGACGCUUCGGGACCCACGCACGUUCAAGACGGAGCACCGCUUUGACGCCUUCUCGGGCAGCCUGUCGGACUUUGACGUGCACGGCAACCUGUUAGCCGCCUGCGGCUUCUCCAGCCGCGGACUGAGCGGCCUGGCUUGCGACCGCUUCCUCAUGGUGUACGACCUGCGCAUGAUGCGAGCCGUCACGCCGCUUCAAGUGCACGUGGACCCGCUCUUCCUGCGCUUCAUCCCGACGUACACGUCCCGCUUGGCCAUCAUCUCGCAGACAGGUCAGUGCCAAUUCUGCGAGCCCACCGGGCUGGCCAACGUGGCGGACAUCUUCCACGUCAACACGGUGGGCCAGCUGCUGAUGAGUUUUGACGUGUCGUCCGGCAAGCGAGCGUUAGCCUUCGGGGACUCGGGAGGAUGCGUGCACCUGUGGUCGGACGCUCCCGACGUGUCCUUCAACGACUACUCCCGGGAGACGGACUUUGCUCUGCCCUGCCUGGUGGACACGCUGCCUCAGCUGGAGUGGAACCACGACCUGCUGCCCCUUUCGCUCAUCCCCAUGACGCUCACCGGCACCGAGCCGCUUUUGUCGGACUGGCCCGCCGCGCUGGCUGCGCCUAGACCCAGACGAGCGCCUCCCGUGGACCCGGAAAUCCUGCGCACCAUGAAGACAGUGGGAUUCAUCGGCUACGCGGCCAACCCUCGCGCUCGUCCCCGGAACCAGGUUCCUUACAAAAUGAAAGACACCGAGCAGGAUUACGACAGUUACAGCCAGGUCCCGGAGUCGCCCAUCGGGCGUGACCAAGAGCCGCAUCUCUACAUGGUGCCCAAAAAAUAUCGAAAGGUGACCAUUAAAUACUCCAAGCUGGGACUGGAGGACUUUGACUUCAAGCAUUACAACAAAACUCUGUUUGCUGGCCUGGAGCCUCACAUCCCUAACGCCUACUGCAACUGCAUGAUCCAGGUUUUGUAUUUUCUGGAGCCCAUUCGCUGUCUGGUGCAGAAUCAUUUGUGUCAGAAGGAGUUUUGUUUGGCCUGCGAGCUCGGCUUCCUCUUCCACAUGUUGGACUUGUCGCGAGGAGAUCCCUGUCAGGCAAGCAAUUUCCUGCGGGCAUUCCGCACCAUCCCCGAAGCGUCCGCACUGGGCCUGAUCCUGGCAGACUCUGACGAGCAAACGGGCAAGGCCAGACUGGGACGUCUGAUCCAGAGCUGGAACCGCUUCAUUCUCACGCAACUGCACCAGGAGACUCAAGAGCAGGAGGGGCCGCAGGCUUACCGAGGAGCCGGUGGCGGCGCCAGCGGUGGGGGCGGCAGCAGCAGCAGGUCAGAGGCCCAAAGCGGCUGCCCGGGCUCAUCCGGCGAGUCGGCUGUCGGCAAGCUGUUUGGCUGCGAGGUGGAGAACAGCAGUCUGUGUCGCUGCGGCAAAGAGACCGUACGCUCCUCCCUCACCUUGCUCUUCACCAUGCGUUACCCCGAGCACAACCCUCAAGAGAAAACCGUGAAGGAGUACGACUUUGCCGAGAUCCUGAAGAAGAGCAUCUGUCUGGAGCAGAGCACGCAGGCGUGGUGUGAAAACUGUGACAAGUAUCAGCCCACGGUCCAGACACGCAACAUUCGAUGUCUGCCCGAUGUUUUGGUGAUAAACUGUGAGGUGAACAGUGCUAAAGAGGCGGAAUUCUGGAAGGUCCAAGCAGAGUACGCCUUCCUGAAAGCGCGGCCAAAAGUGGAGUCGGGGCCCGCCGUGCCUGCAGAAGCCCCGCCCAUGCCCAGCGAGUGGUGCCUUGACGGCGAGGAGGACGUCGCCAGCAGCGUGGGGGGCUUUGCUCGCCCGGAGGACCUGAGACACACGUGGAUCCCGCUCACGUUGAAGAUGUCCAUCAGCAAAAGCCAAGGGCUGCAGGUCAGCAACUGGCCAGGAGGGGACGAGGUGAGCGCGGGCGAGGAGGCGGGCGAGGAGGCGGAUGGUGCCUCCCUCUACGACCUGGUGGUGACCGUGCCUCAUGUCCUGGACGCUCGCACGGGCGGCAACUUGGUGGCGCACAUCAAAGUGGGAGAAACCUACCACCAGAGAAAAGAGGGAGUCACGCACCAGCAGUGGUACCUUUUCAACGAUUUCCUCAUCGAGCCCAUCGACAAGAGUGAAGCCGCCCAGUUCGACGUGAGCUGGAAAGUGCCCGCCGUCCUCUAUUACGCCAAGAGGAACUACCACGCCAAAUACGAUCUCCGCAUUCAAAAGCCCAUCGACGCCAGCGUCCUGCUGACGGAGGCCUCGCUGGCUCGCAAGCAGAGGAAGACUCACGCCACCUUCAUCCCGCUGAUGGUCAGUGAAAUGCCGCAGGCGGGCGACCUGGUGGGGCUGGACGCAGAGUUUGUGACGCUCAACCAGGAAGAGGCCGAGCUGCGCAGCGACGGCACCAAGUCCACCAUCAAGCCCAGUCAGAUGUCGGUGGCCAGGAUCACGUGCGUGCGGGGCCAGGGGCCCAACGAGGGCGUGCCCUUCAUCGACGACUACAUCUCCACGCAGGAGCAGGUGGUGGACUACUUGACUCAGUACUCGGGCAUCAAACCGGGAGACCUGGAUGCCAAGAUCUCCUCCAAGCAUUUGACCACUCUCAAGUCCACCUACCUCAAGCUGCGCUUCCUUAUCGACACGGGGGUCCGCUUCGUCGGCCACGGCCUCCAGAAGGACUUCCGAGUGAUCAACUUAUCGGUGCUGAAAGACCAAGUCAUCGACACCGUCUACCUCUUCCAUUUGCCUCGCAAGAGGAUGAUAUCACUGCGCUUUCUCGCCUGGUACUUUCUCGACCUGAGCAUCCAGGGGGAAACCCACGACAGCAUCGAGGACGCCCGCACGGCCCUGCAGCUCUACAGGAAGUACUUAGAAGUGAGUCGUGCCGGCGGCCCCGACCAAGUCAGGAAGGUGCUGAAGGGACUCUACGAAAAAGGCCGCCAGAUGGACUGGAAAGUCCCGGACGGGGACGUGGGAGAUGGCGGCGGCGGAGCUAGUCCAAAACGGGCUGCACUGUUUCCUCCGGUGGCAGGCCUGUGACUCAACAACGCCGAUGCUGUCACCCUUUCUUAUCUUCCCCCAGCCGCCGCCGUCGUUUGCAGAUCUGCAUCGUGACAUCGUCAGCGUUUCGCAACAGGAAGUCAACUUGCUGUCGUUUUUACAAAGUCCCGUCACGUUUGUUUGUUUGCUUUGCUUUGCUUGGAAAUGUUGUCGGGGCAUAUCAAUAAAGAAAUGGAGCACUGUUUGGGAACAUCUCCGCUCGAAACACUAAAGCUUAGUCAAAAUUCUACGGCGUACGCGCGCACACAAAGAUAAUGCCUGAACAACGACAUGGCCACAAAAGUGGGUGCUGCCCCCCCACGUCCUCUUUUGCUGUCGAGAAGGGGGCCAGAAAAUGUCCUGCAAGUUUGAGACUGUCACUUGAUAAAUGGGAAUGCAAAACCAAAAGAAUUCCUUCCUACUUUACUCCCUGCCUGAUUAUAUAUAUUUUUACAUUGUAUUAUUAGAGGAAUAAAAAUCUUAAAUUUGAGAGAUAAUUGUCAAUGAUUAUUUAUCAUUUUUAAUCACGCAAGUUGUGCCAGUACAAGAUUAUGUGUGACUGAUGGCUGUGUAUUGCCCUGUCCAAAUAUAUUCGCCCUGCGGUCCAUCGCUGUGUCCAAGUUUA